AUGAUCAGGAAACAGCGCCCCACCUUCACCAAUGCAGAGCUCGAAAUGCAGCUCCAGCAGAUCAACCUCGACCCCACCUCCUCCACGACCGAGAACCUCGAGGCCCUCGCCCCCCUCAUCAAGUCAAUACAGGACACGGACUCUGAGCAACUGUAUCUGAAGAGUCUUGAUGCUUUCGUUGACGAGAAGGAGAAGGAGAUUGAGGCGAUAUGCGCAGGCAACUACGAGGACUUUGUGUCUUCGGUCUCCAAUCUACUCACAAUACGUCAAGGGACCGGGCACCUCAGACGGCGAAUAGGAGAGCUUGAUGGACAGAUGGGCGAUGUCGGAAGAGCACUCGGAGAGAAGAAACGAGCUCUUCUUGAGCAGAAAAAGGUCGCAAGAAAUAUGGACGAUGCUAUAGAGACCCUGCAGGCGUGCUUGCGACUGCUUGACCUCGUCCACCGCGUCAGCGACAUGGUCCGUGAGGGUAAAUACUGGGGAGCUUUACGGUCACUAGAAGACCUCCUCCAUCUCCCCCCGGCAUCGAUCUCCCAAACACCAUUCUACGCCCACGUCAUGUCCUCUCUCCCUUCACUCCGAUUAUCCAUCAAAGACGCUGUCACUGCGUCUACCAAGUCAUGGCUGUUUGAUGUCCGAGAGAGUAGUGCCAAAGUCGGCAAGGUCGCGUUGGACCAGAUGUCUGUGAGGAUCAAAAAGUGGAGAGCGAGGAGAGAAAAGGAGGGAGGGGAUAGACUGGCGAGAGUAGGUGGCUCGCUGGAGCUCGUGCACAAUGAGAGAGUUGAGUUCGAUGCACUGGACAAUGACGAAAUUCACGUCGACUUUAAACCACUGUAUCAGUGUAUCCACAUCUACGAAGCUUUGGGAGCCAAGACCGAGCUGCAGCGGACGUUCCAAGAAGACCGCAAAACCCAAGCCGCGCUCAUCCUCAGUUCCCGGAUGGCUACGACCCCCGCAACGUUGGUGACGACGCUUCCCCUGUUGUUGCAAGAGCUGGUGGGGUUCUUUGUAAUUGAAUCUCAUGUGCUGGAGACCAUGCCAGAAUUUAGGACGCAGCGGGAUGUGGACGAGCUUUGGGACGAGAUGUGCAAGAAGAUUGUUGAUGUGAUGGGCCAGGGGCUGAAGGGGUGCAGUGAUCCAGAGGUGUUUUUGAGUACGAAAUCGGAGGUCCUGCUCUUUGUUCAGACUCUGGAAGUCUAUGGCUAUAACAUCUCUGAGCUGAACGGGCUGCUCAUCGCCCUCUUUGAGCGAUACUCUGAGUUGUUGCUAAACAGGUUUAGUUCAGACUUUGAACAGAUUGUGACGGACGACGACAACCAGCCCAUGAUGGUCAACGAUCAAGAAGAAUUUGAUCAGGUUGCUGGAGUCUGCUGGCUAGCAACAGGAGAAGCCGAGUCCCUUGCCAUGCAAGGAUUUCCGCAAGCAAUGCCCUUCUCUCAGACUUAUCCCAUGUGUUGCAUCAAUAUCCGCAACUUUGUCGACCAGUUCUAUCAAUUCACGGAUGGUGUUGCUCAACAACAUCUCGAUAUAGACGAGGUACUUCGCAAAUCCCUCGAUGGCCUGCUGUCCACCCAUGUUAGCAAGCAGAUCGCCAAGAGACUGCAGUCCAUGGCGAAUCUGUCCCAAAUUGCCCAGAUAGUGAUAAAUCUCGAACACUUUUUGACAGCUUGCGAUGAGCUCGAAUCGGUGCUGAUGAACUUGCGAGCCUCUCAGCGUGGCGGACCCAUCAAACUCUCUGCAGGCGCUUCCUUCACCUCCACCCUCGCUAUCGCCCAGUCCCGCAUCGACAGUGUCGUCAACUCCAAACUCGAGUCAUUCUUUGAGCUUGCAGAAUACGAUUGGACGCCCGCUCGUCCCCAGUCGACGGUGGAAGAACCGAGCACCUAUGUGUUUGAGAUGAUUACGUUCUUGACGGCGUAUGUGGAUUCGGUACUGAUUGGGUUGAGUGAGGAAGUCAAGACGCGGGCAUACUCGAAUGCUUUGGGACGGAUCAACAAGUGGCUAAUGGACACUCUGACGGGUUCCAGUGUUCCGAGGUUGAACGAGAGUGCGCUAGCAAGCGUUUUGGCAGACGUCACUUUCAUUGAGACCGAGAUCAAGCGAUUGGAGAAGCGAGAACUGGAUCGAGUCUUUGACGAAGUGAAACACACCAUCAACAUCAUCCUUUCUGACGCUGUCCAAGCCUAUAUGGAACCCUCCGUCCGCUCCGUCUCUUAUCCCUCGGUCAAACCACUCAGACUAGCCAUGAUACUCGCCAAGUUGGGCAAAGCCGCGGCGGCGCAAGGCGGGCAGGCCAACCUCUUUAAAGCCGAGAGGAGGCGAGGAGAGGCGGACGAGGUCGCGCGACUGGCCAGAAAGUAG